AUGAGAGCACUAAACCGAAUGAAUGAAAUCACAAACUGGAAAGCGAACAAGGCAAGUCGUGCCGCCACAAAGAACAUCAGUAGAGAGAAACGAGAAGAGACCAAAGCAAGCGAGGGUCACGCCCAGGCCAUUAUGCACACUCCAUGGGGCCUGGCCAUCUCAUUACGGCAGCGAGCAGGAAAUAUAGGUCCUAGCAUAAGACAAUGUCGUACCGCCCGCUCUGCUGUUCCUGCCGUCGCUUGUCGUCCCAGCACUCGGGCGUCCCCUGCGGUGACCGUGAGGGCUCGUCCCCCAGGCGAGUGCAUCCUGCCUAGGCUAACGCACUGCCCUCCCUCGUCGGUCCGAGCGAAGUUACGAACCGUGGGGGUCCCUCGAGCCAUCUUCAGUCCUUCAGCCACGGCUCUGUCUCUGAAGGUCGACCUCGUGCUACAUCGUCAGCUCGGUUUAAGCCUAGCGAAGAAUCUCGGCAUGGAUCUCGACAAGCUCACGAUGAAAGGUGUGAUGGUGCACGAGUUUGGCAGUCCAGAUGUCCUCAAAGUUGAGAACUCUCUACCCAUCCCAAAACCUGCACCUCAUCAGGUCCUUGUACAGAUGAAGGCUGCUGGAAUAAACCCAGUGGAUACCUACAUCAGACAAGGCAUGUAUUCCAAGCUGCCAAAACUCCCAUACAUUCCUGGGAAAGAUGGAGCUGGCAUUGUGAAGCAAGUGGGCCAUCAAGUGUCAUCUGUGCAGGUUGGCCAGAGAGUGUUUUGCUCAAGCAAGAUGAUGGGAACAUAUGCAGAAUACACUCUCUUGGAAGAAGAUGAAGUCUUUCCUCUUGGCGAAAAGCUUACAUAUGCUCAGGGAGCAGCCAUUGGAAUUCCGUAUUUCACAGCAUACCGAGCUCUCAUCAUCAAGGGGAGGGCCAAGCCAGGUGAGACAGUCUUCAUCCAUGGAGCAAGUGGAGCAGUUGGAUGUGCUGCAAUACAGAUUGCAAAGAACAUAGGUUUGAAAGUGAUAGCAACUGCGGGAUCUCCAGAAGGUUUGAUGCUUGUGGAAAAGCAGGGAGCUGAUGAAGCUUUUGAUCACAAUGAUGAGAAUCACAUCCGGGCCAUCAUGAAAGCAACUGAUGAUCGAGGUUGUGACAUUGUCUUGGAGAUGCUUGCUAAUGAAAAUUUGGCUAAGGACCUUGAAGUCUUAGCUAUUGGAGCUCGAGUGAUGGUAAUUGGGUCAAGAGGUACAAAUGAAAUCAAUCCUCGUCUCCUCAUGCUCAAGGAAGCAACAGUGACAGGCAUCAUGUUGGGUCUGUCAUCAGAAGAAGAGUGGAAAGAAGUUGGGCAAGCAAUUGUGAAGGGUGUGGCAGAAGGAUGGGUGAAACCAAUUGUCCAGAAGGAAUAUCCCUUGAACGAUGUGAAAAAGGCUCACCAUGAUGUCAUCCAUGGAGGGAAGAAGAGAGGGAAACUCGUCCUAGUCCUGAUCGAGAUCAAGGCUGGUGGAUUGAAUCCAAUCGAUGUUUACAUCGCUGAGAGGUAUAUGAACAGGAAGAACCCUGCCUCCUCUUUCAUAUGUGGCUAUGAUGGAGCUGGUAUCAUCCGGCAAAUUGGGAAGGGGAUCACCAGAUUCAAGGAAGGUGACCAUGUGGGAUGUCUGAUCCACACAUCACAUGGUGGCUCGUUUGCUGAUUUUGUGACUGCAAAUGAGUAUGAAACUUUCUCCAUUGGAAAACUCCCCUUCUCUGAAGGAGCAUGCAUUGGGAUCCCAUACUUCACUGCAUACUGUGCUCUUGUUCAUCAAGCAAAGGCCAAGCCAGGGGAGACAGUAUUAGUCCAUGGGGCCAGCGGUGGAGUUGGCGUUGCCAGUGUGCAGCUCGCAUUACAUCUGGGGCUGAAGGUCAUAGGCACUGGUGGUACAGACAAAGGGAUGCAGAUGCUGGAGCAGCUUGGUGCUCAUCACAUCUUAUCCCACAGAUGUUACGUAGGCAAGAGCUGAAAAUCUGGGUAUGUGUGACGAUGCGUUCUGUCAAAGGAGCC